AUGUACUAUCUGCAUGUAACAUUAUUGCAGGUAUACACAUGCCAUGGUGACCCAAAGUAUACAUGGCCUCUAGACACUGUGAACCCUCUACUCGAGAAGAGGGCGAAUGUUACCGAGGGACAAACAGGCUGUUCUCAUCAACAAGGAUUAUUGUAUGAUACACUUAAUUACAAUGGCAUUUACAUGUCGGGAAGUUCUUACUCUUACAUUGACGUAACAAUAGGGAAUGCGCAUAGCAUAGAUGAUUUUGCAAUAACUAUAUACGUUAAGAGGCAAAGUCUCUCCGGUGUCGGAACUAUAUUUCAUUACAGAGUGGAUUCAGCCGCCGUUGACACCAACAUUAUACAAAUCAAAGAUGUGAUUCUAAGUAACAAUGAGACGCAUUUGAUUGCGGAAACGUUUGGGCCAAAUGAUGAACAAUAUGGCUUCACAGCGGUGGCAUUAGACGCUGUAAUACUGGUUCAAAAUUGGACAGGAAUAUGUGUAAGUCAUGAUGGGAAGAAGAAGACACGGAUCAUUACCAAUAUGGGUAUUGACUUUCUAACAGAAACCGCAAUGGAUGCCGAAAUAGAACAACCAGCUAUGCUGAGAUUCGGCUCCUCUUUCUACCCUGAACGACCACCUUUCUUCGGGAAUAUUAUUUGCGCUAACAUGUAUGGCUCAAAAGAUUGCCAUUUAGAUGAUUCGUUAGAUGAGUGCACAGGGGGAGCCUGGCAACUGCCCCUAGUUCCAGUGACAGAAACCUGUGCCGAACUUAAAGGCUACUUUAAGAUAAAGCAACAGAAUGCUGUGAUAGAUAAUUCUGUAUCACCAUUAAAUACGACAACCACCUCGUCCAGAAUGAAAUGUGCAGAUUUAUGUGUGCGGAACGAGUUAUGUUGGACAUACACAUUGAAUAAAGUAACAGUAGAAUGUAAAAUAUAUGAUUCUGACUACUCAGUGCACCUUCAACCUGCUACCGGAAUACAUGAAAGUUUGGCCAGGAUAGGUCUUGAAAGAUUUUUAACGAAGAAGAAGGAAAAAACGAAGAAGGAGAGGAAGAAAAAAGAAGAAUUAGAAGUAGAGGAGGAAGAAGCAAAGGAAUUAAAUUCUAUUUAA